AUGGCCGGCGCUCAAGAGCAAGGGCUGAAGCUGCUGGGGGCGGCGUCCGGGGUGAGCCCGUACGUGAUCCGCGCCCAGAUGGUGCUCGGCAUCAAGGGGCUGACCUACGACUACCUCCCCGAGGACCCCCGGUGCAAGAGCGACCUGCUCCUCGCAUCCAAUCCCGUGCACAAGAAGCUGCCUGUCCUCAUCCAUGGCGGCAGGCCUGUCUGCGAGUCGCUGAUCAUCUUGGAGUACCUCGACGACGCCUUCCCCGAAAAUGGCGCCGCCAUCCUCCCUGCCGACCCCUACCGCCGUGUUGCCGCCCGUUUCUGGGCCGCCUACGUGGAUAACAAGCUGUUCCCUUCGUGCAUCGGCAUCCUCAAGACAGGGAAGCUGCAGGAAAGAGCCGACAAGGUGGAGGAGACCUUGUCAGCACUCGGGCUCCUAGAGGCCGCCCUGGCGGAAUGCUCCAAGGAAGGGGGCGCGGAGGCGCCGUUCUUUGGCGGUGGCUCUCUCGGGCUGCUUGACAUUGCACUCGGGUGCUAUCUUCCCUGGAUCGAAGCGAUAGGCUGCCUUGCUGGCAUGCCGCCAUUUCUCGACGCAGCGAGGACACCAAAGUUGGCCGCAUGGGCGGACUGGUUCAGGGCCGCCGAGCCGGUAAGGGCGCUGCUGCCUGCGGCGGACAAGGUGGAGGAGUACAUCUCAACGGUUCUUUAUCCAAAGUGGAAGGCCGCGCUCACUGCGUCGGCAACUAAUUAG